CUUGGGCAGGGUGGUUCGUCGUUGUCCGUCGUCGCGGUAGCAUAAGUGCGUGACGUGCGUGUGUGUGUGUAUAUGUGUAUGACAGUGCGCGCGCGUACACGCUCGAUCGUGAGCGAUACGUGGCCAAAUGCACUAUAAUGUCCACGUACAAGUCCCAUAAAAGUUUCGAGGACCGUCAAAGAAUUGCCAGUGCACCGACAUAGUGAAUCGUCGCGUGUGUGUUUUCGACGGCCCGAGUGUCGCGUCCGCCAUCUACACAACACAGUCACCCUGUUCUUCCGACCGCCGGAGCCGACAGCGGAACACAUCAGAGACCAGGGGCUCAUUCUCGAGAACCGCCGAGCGAAAUUAGCCCGGUACAGAGAUCAUUCCCGAAGAGAGACGAGGAAAAAGUUUAUCGCCAGCACCGCCGCCGUCGUGACCCGACGCUGAAUUAAAAACAAGGGAAAAAUGUCGUCGGUAAAGGUGGCGGUGAGGGUACGGCCCUUCAACAAUCGGGAGAUCUCGCGGGAGGCACAAUGCAUCAUCGACAUGACCGGCAACACUACUUCGAUAUUGAACCCCAAAGCACCGCCGGGCACCAAAGAUGCAGUCAAAAGUUUCAACUACGAUUACUCCUAUUUUUCCAUGGAUCCACAUGACACAAACUACUCCUCCCAAGUCAUGGUCUACAAAGACAUUGGCGAGGAAAUGCUGGAACACGCUUUCGAAGGCUACAAUGUCUGCAUAUUCGCGUACGGACAGACCGGUGCCGGUAAAUCGUACACCAUGAUGGGCAAACAAGAAGAAGGCCAAGAGGGUAUAAUCCCCCAAAUUUGCAAAGACCUCUUCAGGAAAAUCAGUCGCAAUUCAAACGAGUGCCUGAAGUAUUCCGUGGAAGUCAGUUACAUGGAGAUCUAUUGCGAGAGGGUGCGGGAUCUUUUGAACCCAAAGAACAAAGGGAACCUUCGUGUACGUGAGCAUCCACUUCUGGGCCCGUACGUCGAGGACCUGUCUAAAUUGGCCGUGAUGUCCUUUCAAGAUAUUCACGACCUCAUAGACGAGGGAAAUAAAGCACGAACCGUGGCGGCCACUAACAUGAACGAGACGUCGAGCAGAUCUCACGCUGUAUUCACGAUUUUCUUCACGCAACAGAAACAAGAUUCUGCAACUGGAUUGGUGACCGAGAAAGUCAGCAAAAUCUCGCUGGUCGAUUUAGCCGGUUCUGAACGAGCCGACUCUACUGGUGCAAAGGGCACACGGUUAAAGGAAGGAGCGAAUAUCAACAAAAGUUUGACCACCCUUGGAAAAGUCAUCAGUGCCCUGGCUGAAAUUGCGGCAACUAAGAAAAAGAAGAAGGCUGACUUCAUCCCCUACAGAGACUCUGUUCUAACGUGGUUGCUGCGUGAAAACCUGGGAGGCAACUCAAAAACUGCGAUGAUCGCGGCAGUAAGCCCCGCGGACAUCAAUUACGACGAAACCCUUUCCACUUUGAGAUACGCGGACAGGGCGAAACAAAUAGUGUGCAAAGCUGUCGUUAACGAGGACGCGAAUGCGAAGCUUAUUAGGGAGCUCAAGGAAGAGAUCCAAAAGUUGCGGGAACUUCUCAAGCAAGAGGGUAUUGACGUGCAAGAAGGGGACGAAAUCGUCAGAGCGAAUAAACGCGAGGACGAUGUCAAGGAGAGCCGAUCGAGGAUCCCGUCUCACACCACGUCGACCAUCGCUGAGGAAGCGGUUGAUCAGUUACAGGCCUCAGAAAAACUAAUCGCCGAAUUGAAUGAGACGUGGGAAGAGAAAUUGAAGCGCACCGAAUUGAUUCGUCUCCAACGGGAGGCGGUGUUCGCCGAAAUGGGUGUCGCGGUGAAGGAAGAUGGCGUCACGGUCGGCGUCUUCUCGCCGAAGAAAACUCCCCACUUGGUGAACCUGAACGAGGACCCUCUGAUGUCCGAGUGUCUGAUUUACUACAUCAAGGAUGGAUUCACGCGUAUUGGCAGCGCGGAGGCUAACAUACCGCAGGACAUUCAACUCUGCGGCCCGCACAUAUUGAGCGAGCACUGCGUCUUCGAGAACCACGAGAGCAUCAUCACGCUGAUUCCGAAGAAAGGGGCAUUGAUUUACGUGAAUGGACGGGAGAUCGCUGAACCGAUUGUUCUGAAGACUGGAUCCCGCGUUAUCUUAGGAAGGAACCACGUGUUCAGAUUUAACCAUCCGGAUCAAGUUCGUGAACGAAGGGAGAAAAGCUCCCCUGCAGAAACACCUGGAAAUGGAGAAACCGUUGACUGGAACUUCGCACAGAUUGAGCUGUUGGAGAAGCAAGGGAUUGACCUCAAGGUUGAAAUGGAAAAGAGACUGUUAGUACUCGAAGAGCAAUUCCGCAAAGAGAAGGAAGAAGCUGAUCAGCUGUUCGAGGAACAAAGAAAGAGUUACGAGGCUCGGAUAGACGCACUGCAAAGACAAGUGGAGGAACAAAGUAUGACAAUGUCUAUGUACAGCAGUUACACUCCCGAAGACUUCAACAACAUUGAGGAGGAUAUCUUUGUCAACCCCUUGUUUGACGCAGAGAGCAACUGGACCGAGAGAGAGUUCCAACUGGCCGCUUGGGCCUUCCGCAAGUGGAAGUAUCAUCAAUUCACGAGUCUUCGGGAUGAUCUCUGGGGCAACGCGAUAUUCCUUAAAGAGGCUAACGCUAUUUCUGUCGAACUCAAAAAGAAGGUGCAAUUCCAGUUCACUUUGCUCACGGAUACGCUUUACUCGCCGCUUCCGUCGGAUCUCCUGCCAGUUCUGGACGAAGAGGAAGAGGAAGACAGACCAUUCCCUCGUACGAUAGUUGCUGUGGAAGUGCAGGAUACAAAGAAUGGAGCCACUCAUUAUUGGACACUCGAUAAACUCAGACAGCGCUUGGAGCUGAUGCGACACGUGUACAACGAGGACUCGAGCCCCAGCACCCCGGAGGCCAAAGAGGAUAUUUUCCAAUGCCUUACGGUCUACUCUUAUCCGAAGUUCUCGCUCGCAAAUCUUUUGCCUUCGAGGCAAAGACUCGAACUGAUGCGGGAAAUGUACCACAAUGAAGCUGAACUGUCGCCUACAUCUCCAGAUUUUAAUAUUGACUCCAUCACCGGAGGCGAUCCGUUCUAUGAUCGUUUUCCAUGGUUCCGAAUGGUUGGAAGGUCCUUUGUAUACUUGAGCAAUCUCAUGUAUCCCGUGCCACUGAUACAUAAAGUAGCAAUAGUCAACGAAAAGGGCGACGUGAAAGGCUAUUUACGCGUAGCUGUGCAAGCUGUUGUUGAAGAGGAAAACAGCGAGUACUCAAGUGGCGUUAGACAGUCAGCUAGAAUUUCCUUCGAGGACGACCUGUUCGGCGGACACAAACAGAAUAAACGUAACACUCUACUGACCCAAACCCUCGAAAAGAACCGACAAAUUCUCCUGCACGAGGAACGCGUUGUGGAGGGCCACAACGAGCAAAAGGACGUGAAAGAUGAGGAAGAUAUCGGCGAUGCCGACAGUGGCAGAGGUGACAGUUCUGUUUCCAGCGACAUGAAAGAAGAAGAUCUACCGGAUCAUUUGCAGUCAGGCUCUGAGUUUACCUUCAGGGUAACCGUGCUGCAGGCAAUGGGUAUUUCUACCGAAUACGCUGAUAUUUUCUGCCAAUUCAAUUUUCUGCACCGACACGACGAAGCGUUUUCAACGGAACCGGUCAAGAACACGGGAAAAGGAAAUCCACCUGGAUUUUAUCAUGUACAGAAUAUUACCGUUACGGUAACAAAAUCAUUCUUGGAGUACCUCAAGACACAGCCGAUCGUGUUCGAGGUAUUCGGACAUUAUCAACAGCAUCCUCUGCACAAAGAUGCCAAAUUGGAAUACAUUCAUCCUAACAGCGUAAGACAGCCACCGAAGAGGAUGUUACCGCCAUCUAUACCGAUCAGUCAACCGGUACGCUCGCCGAAGUUCGGGAGUGUGUUGCCGUCGCCCAGCACGUCGCACGUGCACGCGAAAUACGACGUGUUGGUUUGGUUCGAGAUCUGUGAACUAGCGCCGAACGGCGAAUACGUGCCGUCGGUGGUCGAUCACAGCGAUGAUUUACCAUGUCGCGGGCUUUUCCUGCUUCAUCAAGGAAUUCAGCGUCGCAUUCGAAUCACCAUUGUUCACGAAACGGCCUUUGAAUUGCGUUGGAAGGACGUCAGGGAAUUGGUGGUCGGCCGUAUCAGAAACACACCGGAACCGGAGGAAGAGGACAACGAUUCGUCUGUGCUUUCGUUGGGUCUUUUCCCUGGCGAGUACUUGGAAGUACCCGGGGACGACCGAUACAUGUUCCGAUUCGAGGCAGCUUGGGAUAGCUCUCUCCACAAUUCGGCCUUGCUCAAUAGAGUCACAGCUUACGGGGAACAAAUCUUCAUGACCAUCUCUGCAUACCUUGAACUGGAGAACUGUGGACGACCGGCUAUUAUUACUAAGGAUUUGAGCAUGAUCAUUUACGGCAGAGAUGCCAGAGUAGGACCACGUUCUCUGAAGCAUUUGUUCAGUGGAAGCUAUCGCAAUCAGGAGGCUAAUCGACUGAGUGGUGUCUACGAAUUGGUGCUACGUCGUUCUUCGGAAGCAGGCGUUCAAAGGCGACAACGACGAGUGUUGGACACAAGCUCCACGUAUGUUAGAGGAGAAGAGAAUCUUCAUGGAUGGAGACCGCGAGGAGACAGUCUAAUAUUUGAUCAUCAAUGGGAACUCGAGAAACUGACCAGAUUAGAGGAAGUGGAGAGAGUAAGACACACGUUAUUAUUACGAGAAAAACUUGGCAUCGACAAAGUUCCGUUCUGCAACAAAAUAUCGCACGAUUUCACGAAGAGCGAGAAGGAGGUUUGCAACAUGAUGGCGAAAGCAACGAACGAGCCACACGCUAGUCCAGUUAAACUUAAACGUUCAACGAGUAAAGACGUUUACGAGCAUUGCGAGAUGACCGAAAGAGAAAAAGAAUUAACCAUGAAAUACAUAAAGCUAAUUCAAGGUCGAAUCCCAAGCAAAGAACCUAUCCUACUUUCAGACGUUUCACCUGGCGAAGACACUAUGGCUGAUAUGUCGGCAUCCAUGAUGUCUUCGGUGAUAUCGUCCUCGUCCCAAGAGUUGAGUUCACCGGAGAGGGCUAGACUACAAGAACUGCAAGAGAGUAUAUUGGCAAGCGAGUCCACCAACCAAAUAUGUUCUGUCGCCCCGGCGCCUUUAGGGUCGUCCUCCCCGUCGAAGGAGAAUUUGGUGCUGUACGUGCCGGAAGUUGAAGAAAUACGUAUUAGUCCGGUUAUUGCGCGGAAAGGUUACCUAAAUGUACUCGAGCACAAGACUCAUGGUUGGAAGAAACGCUGGGUGGCUGUACGACGACCGUAUGUUUUAAUAUUCCGGGAAGAAAAAGAUCCUGUGGAGAGGGCUCUCAUCAAUUUAGCUACUGCUCAAGUCGAAUACUCUGAAGAUCAAUUAGCUAUGGUGAAAGUACCAAAUACUUUUAGCGUUGUUACGAAACAUCGAGGUUACUUACUGCAAACCUUAGGGGACAAAGAAGUCUACGACUGGUUAUAUGCUAUUAAUCCUCUUCUCGCUGGUCAGAUCAGGUCAAAAUUAGCACGCAAAGGGCCGACGGUCGCAAAUUUAAAUAACGCUUCGCCCGUCGGUCUGACCCCGUUGAUAGAUCAGCAGUCGAACCAAAACAAGUGAGUGGUCGAAACAUUGGCCGAGGUAACAAGCGUCAUUACGAAAGCCUCCGAGAAGAUGCUGUAUUGGUCGCACUCGGCCUUCGAGUCCCACGAUCUCUGUAGCUUUCGAUUUUCGGUAGUCUUCGAUUAUUAAGCGACUCGGAGAAAGCGUAUCGAUCGGCUACCAGCUUCGACAGCCACCGAUUAAUAUCCCGGCCGUCUGAUUUAAACGAUCGUCAGUUUGUUCACGGCUGACGAACGGAUAGAAAAGAUGAGAAUAAAA